CUCCAAACCCACUACCACACAGCCUCCACCAAAGGUCUCUCCAGCAUCACCACCCUAAUAACCACCCCAACCACCAACGCCGCCAUCCUCAUCGACCCGCCCUUCCUGCUCCCCGACGCCCAUUCCGUCCUCGCCUGGAUCAACAGGAUCAAUCCCCACACCGACCUGAAAGCCAUCUUCGUCACCCACCACCACCCGGACCACUUCUUCUCCGCCAAUCCCAUCCUGGACGCCUACCCGGCCGCCCAAUUCCACGCCGCCCCCUACGUCCUCGCGGGCAUCGAGCGCGAGUACGACCAGAAAGUGGCCUACUGGCCCCAGGUUCUGGGGCAGGAGAACGUGCCGACCGCGCCGCGCAAGCCGGACCCCUUUAGUUUUAGUUUUGUGCUGCUGGAGGGCGCGCCGGAGAGCCCGAUCGUACUGUUGGGUCCGCUGCAGGGGGACGCGAUUGAUCAUACGGUGUUUUGGUUGCCGAAGGAGCGGACGGUCGUGUGUGGAGAUACGGUUUAUGGGAGGAGUACGCAUGUUUGGGUCGAAGAACUCUCCACCCCCGCCCUCCUCGAAUCCUGGCGCAAAACCCUCGAUCUAAUCGCCCACCUCCGUCCUGAAAAACUAAUCCCCGGCCACCUCGAAGCAGGCUGGGAGCUCAACUGUCAGGAAGACCUAGCGCACACGCGUCGGUACCUGGACGUAUUUGCCGAGAAGGUGACGUAUGCCACCGUUGAGGAGAAGCCCGGCGUGCAGGAGCUGUACGAUUACUUCGCGGCCGAGUUCCCGCAGUGUCGAGAGAAUCUGCAGUUCUUCUUGGGGCAUCUCGCCAACCAAUUUGGGGAGGGGGGAACGGUGUGGGAGGAGAAUCGGUGUCAGGGAGUUGAGGCGGGGCAGAGGAGUUUGGGGGAUGUUUGUGGGUAUCUUUUCUAA